UCAGCCUGGGGGCGUGUAAUGAGGGACGGGAUAUUCCAGGCCCCUCCUCUCACCGGCAGCGGCCGCUCUCUGGGCCUCAGCGGCUCCGCUCCUCGGACGGACGGUGGGCCGGGGUGUGAUGGUGGGAAUGGGUCAGAAAGACAGCUACGCUGGGGAUGAAGCCCAGAGCAAGAGGGGCAUCCUGACCCUGAAAUACCCAAUUGAACACGGGAUUGUGACCAACUGGGAUGACAUGGAGAAGAUCUGGCAUCACACCUUCUCUUUUAAUAUUUUUUAUUAUUUUAUACAAUUUUUUAACAAAACAGAACAAAACAAACUAAAAAUAAAAAUAAAAACUGAAAAAGACAACAGGAAAAAAAAGGAAGGAAAAAAAAUAAUUAAAAAAAAAAAAUAUGCCUCUGGCCGCACCACUGGCAUUGUGAUGGACUCUGGGGAUGGUGUGAGUCACACUGUACCCAUCUACGAAGGCUACGCCUUGCCACAUGCCAUCCUGCGUCUGGACCUGGCUGGCCGGGAUCUCACUGACUACCUGAUGAAGAUCCUGACCGAGCGUGGGUACUCCUUCACAACCACGGCCGAGAGGGAGAUUGUCCGUGACAUCAAGGAGAAGCUCUCCUAUGUGGCCCUAGAUUUUGAAUCUGAGAUGCAGAUGGCCAGCUCCUCCUCAUCCUUGGAGAAAAGCUACGAGCUCCAUGAUGGUCAAGUCAUCACCAUCGGCAAUGAGUGUUUCAGGUGUCCAGAAACCCUCUUCCAACCCUCCUUCAUUGGGAUGGAAUGAUGUUAUAACAGCAUCAUGAAGUGUGAUGUGGACAUCAGGAAGGAUCUGUACGCCAACACUGUCCUGUCUGGUGUAACCACCAUGUUCCCAUGGAUCGGUGAAUGGAUGCAGAAGGAAAUCACAGCCUUGGCUCCAAGCACCAUGAAGAUUAAGGUCAUUGCUCCACCAGAGAGGAAGUAUUCAGUGUGGACCGGAGGUUCCAUCCUGGCUUCUCUCUCCACCUUCCAGCAGAUGUGGAUCAGUAAGCAGGAGUAUGAUGAGUCUGGUCCCUCCAUUGUCCAUCGCAAGUGCUUCUAAUGGCCCUGCGUCAUGUGCAGUCUUCACUCACCUGUCACUUCUUCCAACCCUGCCUUUGAUCUAUUGCACAUUCCAUAACUUCCCCAACCUCUGAUGCCACUGGAAAUUGUGACACCAUGUUGAAACAAUUGUCUAUGAGUGUGUUUAAAGUAUUAUUCCUGUAAUGGGUAAAUAUGCCUUCUUGGUUG